AUGCAGUCUAAGGUGUGUUUCGUUCUUCUAGCAACAGUAGCCGUCUGCUUGGCCGCCGAUGGCAAAUCAAGCCGGGUCAUCAACCCCUACGUGGACAUGAAGGUGUCCGCUGACUUCUGGGGAGCUUGGCGCUACUGUCAGAAUCAGGGAAUGCAGCUGCCUCAGAUCACUUCGGAUGCCGAAUUUAACAACUUCCGGUUGGCGACUGCUGCGGAUAUGAACGCAAACUGGUGGACCGGAGGAGUGGAUCUCGGAUCGACUGGAUCGUUUGUGUGGAUUCACAGUGUGAAGUCAGUUUCGAGUCCAAUCGGUUAUACCAACUGGUAUCCGGGAGCACCCAACAACGGAGGACACUGCAUCGAGAUGAAGAGCCAAUUCUGGAACGAUGCGGACUGUUCGGUAGUGAAGAGAGUGGUGUGCCAACAGAAGACUACUUGUUGA